GCCUUACCCUCUCUCUCUCUCUCUCUGAUGCGGGGAGCAGCGCCGUGCCGUGUGUGUGUGUGAGCGUGUUGCUGAGAGAUGAUGAAACGUCCGCGUCAGUGAGCCGUUGGGAAGCUUCUCCCUGCCUGAGGAUGUGAGAGAAUUGGAGGCUGAACGAGGGAUCCACUCCAUCCUGCAGGCCGAGCCGUCUGCACAGGCCUGCUUUCCCUCUUUCUCUCUCUCUCCAUCCUUUCUCGUGAGGCAUCUCUCACCCUUUUUUUUCCCUCCUUGUUCUUCCUCUGUGGAGCAAGGGGAUCGUCAUCCCCCCAUCGAUUCUUUUUUUUUUUUGUGGUGGUGGCUCCCUCCUCCUCCUCUUCCUCCUCCUCCUCCUCCUCCCCCUCUCUCUCCAUCUCCACCACCACCUCCUCCUCUUUUUUUCUCUAUUCUUCAAGAAGACCUUUUUGGAAUAGCAAACCUCCAUGUAUGACAAUUUGUACCUGCAUGGAUUUGAAGACUCGGAGGCGGGUUCAGCUGAUUCCUACACUAGCAGGCCGUCUGAUUCAGAUGUGUCGUUGGAGGAGGAGAGGCCGGAGGGGGGUAGUCAGGGCCGCCAGGAGCGAGAACAGCAGGCUGCACAGCAGUUGGAGAGGGCGAAGGCCAAAGCGGUGGCCUUUGCCGUGAAGACAAAUGUCAGUUACUGUGGUGCGCUGGAUGAAGAUGUGCCUGUGCCAGGAACUGCCAUCUCAUUCGAUGCAAAAGACUUCCUGCACAUCAAAGAGAAGUUUAAUAAUGACUGGUGGAUUGGGAGGCUGGUGAAAGAAGGCUGUGAGAUUGGUUUUAUCCCCAGUCCCCUGAAGCUGGAGAAUAUCAGAGCACAGCUGGAACAGAAGAAAAGCCGCGUACAAGGUAAGUCCAGUGGAAGCUCGUCCUCCAGUUUGGGGGAUGUGAUGUCAUCAGGGAAGCAGAAACAGAAAGUGACUGAACACGUGACUCCCUAUGAUGUUGUGCCUUCCAUGAGGCCUGUGGUGCUGGUUGGUCCAUCAUUGAAAGGAUAUGAGGUCACUGAUAUGAUGCAGAAAGCUCUUUUCGACUUCUUGAAACACCGGUUUGACGGCAGAUCAUGUAUUUAUCAUCCUAGGAUAACUAUCACACGUGUGACAGCAGACAUCUCACUGGCAAAGAGAUCAGUGCUUAACAAUCCCAGCAAGAGAGCCAUUAUUGAGCGCUCAAAUACCAGAUCCAGUCUUGCUGAGGUACAGAGCGAGAUUGAGCGCAUAUUUGAACUAGCUCGCUCACUCCAGCUGGUUGUGCUGGAUGCAGACACCAUCAACCAUCCUGCUCAGCUGUUGAAAACUUCACUAGCACCCAUCAUCGUCCAUGUCAAAGUGUCCUCGCCAAAGGUCCUCCAGCGGCUCAUCAAGUCCAGAGGAAAGUCGCAGAGUAAACAUCUCAAUGUACAGCUCGUAGCAGCAGAUAAACUAGCACAGUGUCCUCCGGAGAUGUUUGACAUCAUCUUGGACGAGAAUCAGUUGGAAGACGCAUGCGAGCACCUGGCGGAGUAUCUUGAGGCGUACUGGAAGGCCACCCACACCUCCAGUAGUACCCCACUCAACCCUCUGCUGGGCAGGAACCUCGGCCCUGCUGCCCUGGCCCCUUACACUACGUCUGCCAUAUCCGGCCUGCAGAAUCAACAGGGACAAAAAACACGGCACGCCAACCACACCGGGGACAACUCCACCCCCAACGAACGGCGCAACCUGAUGACCUCAGAUGAGAACUACCACAACGAGCGAGCGCACAAGGGGCGGAACCGGGGCUCCUCUGGCUCUCAGCACGGCGGCAGCGGUCGAGACCACCACUACAUGGAAGAGCAGCAGGGCUACCAGGACCCCUACCAGGACACCUACAAGCCCCACCGCAACCGCAGUUCCCCAGGCAGCUACAGCCAGGACUCACGACACCGGCUCUGAGCCACCCCGCCCCGUUUCGUCCUCCAAGCCUGAGCCACAGAGCCACCGAGCCAAGAUGGCUUCUGUCCACAAUUGUAUACAUCUUCCAUUAUGUUUUCCUUUUGUUAGGGUCUCUUGAGCUACAAAGAAGAAACUGUUUAGCCCCUCCUGAACCUUCGCCAUCUGACCAAAGCCUGCAUUCCCACCUGCUUAUUCGAGGCUCGAUGCGUCUGCCUGGGGAAAGAGGACCUUUUAACAUGCAAUUGGAGACAGUUGUUAUGCUUUCCCAUGUUAAUAUGCUUGUUGACUUUUUUUUUUUUUUUUUUUGUCUAUUCUGUUGCAAAAAGGCAGGUUUUCCUUCUUCCAAGCAACCUUUUAACUUCAAAAUGGAAUUGAAUGAUUGGUUGGCCCUUAAAAGCAAAUAUUCUGUGAAGCUAGCAAUAGCAGAGAAUCGGAUGGUUUCAAAGGGUGUACGCAGGAUCCCUGAAAACCGAAUAAGGAGCUCAGUUAGUCUUUAUGUCAUUAUUGCCAGCAUGUUACCUGACCGCAUGCUUCCCUUGUCAUUAGUGCAUAACUUGAGCGGACAGACCAAUAAGCAGGACCCCGAGAAACUGGCUGCCAAACUGGAACAUUUCAGUAAUAAUGUAACACAAACCUACUGCCAGCUGUCUUUUGUUACAGAAAAUGGAAUCCUAAAUACAACGAUCGUUGGAGUUUUCCAAAGCCUCGAAAUCUUAGGCGGAGGAAUUUCCACAUAACUUCUGCCGUAAACAGCCAACAACCACAGACAGCCACAGUCAUCUGUGCAGUUUAGCAUGACGCACUGCAUCCAGUGCCAUGGACUCGUUUCGUGCCAGGCAUUCAUUUCCAGUUAGAAAAGACAGCUUAAAGGGAUGCAUAACAUAGGAAUGCUGAAGAACAAAAAAAUGUCGCUGUGAUCUAGUCCUCAGUAGAGUUAGCAAGACUUUUUUAUGAUUCAUUUUCAUAAUUUAAUGGCAGAAAUAAUGGCACUUUGGUACAUUGUAAUUUAAGUAGAUCCAUCUUUUCUCUAAAAAAAAUUAUUUUCUCUAAAAGAUUCUUCAGGAGUGACUGGCACCCUGUUCUCCACCCUGCCAACUGCAGCAGCUGCCGUCCAGAUCUCAAAUACUUACAAACUAAACCCGUAAAGUGUCGUUUUUCUGAUCGUACGUUUUUCAGGGUGAAAGGGACUGGCCAAGGACAAGUAGAUCCUCAUAUGGAAGCAGUUCACAUCUGGACCUAAAACUUACAGACACAAGGCCUUGGCAAACCAUGGCUUUUAUUUUCUCGCCUUAUUAAUUUAUGCUAGUUUUUGCAUUUUCAAAAGAAUACAUUUUAAAGAAAAAAAUAAAUUCUGAAAAACGAAGGGCCGCAACAAGUACAUUCUGUAUGCAUUUGUCUAUGAGCAUGCUUCUCUGUUAAUUAUAUAAUGAGGAUGAAUGAACAUGAGGAAUUUGGCAGUCGAUGCCAAAAGCGGACGAAACAAAAAAUCUGAAACCUCUGAAUUUGCUGCCUGAGACAAUCAGAUGGAACUUCUCUGUAAAACCGGAACGUUGUUCAUCCCUUCCCAUCAUCCUGCUCUCUCCCGUUUCACAGCAGCUUCAUCUGAGCUCCAGAUAAAAGAAUAAAAAUGUGUACAUUUUUCCUUUUUUUUUUGUGAAAGUUGAAAAUUGAAGAUGGAAAUGCAAAAUUGCAUGCAUAUCAUUUUAAUUUAUUACAAAUUUGAAAGAAAAAAAUGUUUUAUGGAAUAUAAUUGUGUAAAAGGCAAAUCUAGCAGUAUUUAAGUUCUUUUACAAAAAAGAAAAGAAGAAAAAAUAAAUGGUCAUUUUGAAACUGUCAUUUUUAAUUAUUCAUUUUUGAUUUUUUUGGAUCUGAUGAGUGACUAGCAGGUGCAUUUUGAAAAGCUUAUAUUAAAAUACUUUCUAUAUGGUU